AUGGGCCCCUUGUCACAGCAGUUGCUUUCGUAUCCUUCAAGAUUGCGUUUCGACACCUCUGGUGCGACUUUCUACAAAAACCAAAUUUAUGAUUCCGGCGCCGCCAGGGGCGUCACCGGACGAGGUGUUAUCAGGCGGAUGAUGGACCCCAAAAUACAAGGCGCUAUCCUGAAUGGGCUCUACAAUCUCAGUGCACCAGUGCAAGUUGAAUGUCAGACUGGAAACUGCCAAUGGGACGACUUCACAACCCUGGCAGUGGCUAGCAACUGUACGAAUGUCACAUCCGCCUCGGAAAUUCGCGCAUCUCAAAUCGGCAGCGUACUCAACAGCACCAUCGUCAGUUUCGCUACCGCCAGCAUGGUGUCGCCUUUUAGCAUGGACAAUCCAGACCUCACUGAGUGUGACAUGCGUUGGGUCGGUCGGCAUGUCCGUAACAUGAACGUCGUGAACGGUACCUUCAACCCUGGAAUCAUACAAGACUAUGAACUUUACGGCAUCGCCAAUCCAUUCAACCCGGACUAUUGGGUCUCUUUCAACGUCUCGAACGAGACUACAACAUUCCCCGGUAACACAACUUUCAGCGUUGGUCCAGUCGACAACGAGGGAAUGAUGACGUUUCUCUCCGGUAUAUUUUCCUCUACAAUCAAGGACGCGUACGGUCUUGCCUUGCAAAACUCUACAAAUCUCACACAGACUGUGCAAGCUAUUAGCACUUCAAUGACGUACGCCUUCGGCCAGGGGCCUAGCAGUAUCAACCUCCCUGGUAGAACAAUCACGACGGAGCAAUACAUAAAAGUCCACUGGGUCUGGAUAAGCGUACCAGUUAUUGAGGUCAUCAUGGGCAUUGCGUUCUUCGUAGCUACGCUCGUACAUACAUGGAGGAGGGGCGUAGUGGCCUGGAAGAGCUCUGCUAUCGUACCGUUAUUCACGCACAUUGAAGGAUGGCAUCCCGAAGAAAGUCGAAUGGGCAGCGCAAGAGAGGUGGAGAAGAGAGCUACAGAGAUGAGAGGCUUGCUAGAGAGGGAUGAGGACGGUGGGCAGAGGUUCAGACGCAUGGAUUCAUGA